CUACAUCAUUCUCACUUGGGAUAUGAAACUUUUAUCAGCGACAGGUAUUCGAACAUGGUGAAUACUACAAAAACACUGUUUGUGAAGAGUCCUAUCCUCCGAAAAUUGGUGCGUCGAUCCUACAACUGUUACCCGAUCGAUCACCGUCCACUUUGGCUCCACAACAUAGGUUGGGUUGGUUCACGUAGUCUCAUAUCAAGAAUGCUCCCUGAAGGCCCCUCCUCAGAUUAGAUUCCAUGUAGCUCGGAACCAAAAGAUACGUCGGUGCCUGCACCAGCACCUGCAUGUCCCCCUCCAGCGCAUCUUCCAGCGACAUCUUGCCGCAAUCUAUUCCAUCGACGAUCAUGGCGCUCCUCGCCGCAAAUUCAUCAUUGUUCCUCCUGGGAAUCGCCCCGCCCUGCUCCGGCCAGGCGUAAUGGAUGCUGUCGCAGCUACCGGCCACACUACAACGGGCAGUCUCGAGUGGCCACAGCGACGGCGCCUUGCCGGGAGCCAGGUUUCCGCUCGCUGCCAGAACAAUCGAUCGUGGCGACGAGGACASAUUUWUUUUCUUGGAAAAUAUGGCCUCGGCAUCAAUGUCGGAAAGCACCGAUUUCGGCGCCCCGGAUCGAUUUUGCCGMGGGGUUUGCUCGUACAGAAAUUUGUAGUCCGACGCCACCACGGCGUGAAGGAAUCGCUUGUCGCCGAGGGAUUCGAUGAUCGUCAGGGCUUCCUCGACGGAUGACACGCUCGUGGUAGCAGGAGCGACCACGCCGCCGGCCUCCGAGGRGGCUUCGAUGGAAGUCAKGAUAGCGGGUGCCCGGCGAAGUGCAUCCUUGUUUUCGUUCAGAACGAAUCCGGUCGCGACGGAGGACGCUCCCGCCAAGAGAAGGGAGCGCCGAUCGAAGGAUGGAUCGGGCUGGCGGUCUGCUUCCUCUUCCUCGGUGGCCGUUGUCGUCCAGACCUUCAGCGCACUUUUUGUCUGGAAAGAAUGCGCACCGGACCCCGAAUAGCUGCUGCUGCUGCUGCUGCUGCUGCUGCAAACCGCGAGGUUCUCGACCACAAACGAAUCGGCCGCGGGAACGAUUGUAAGUGCAGCAAGGCCACAAAAAGAAAGGAUAGAUUUCAUAGCAACUUAUAAACGAUAUGGUAUUGU